UUUUUUUUUUUUUUUCAUCUACUUCACUUUCAUCAUUGUUUGACAAUAAACAUUUAUGUUGAUUUAAAUCAUUCAAAAUUGUUCAUUUAUCAUUUCGUAAAAUGAGCAAUUUCACCUUUUUAGUGAUGCAUUCAAAAUAAAGAUAUUCUUACGUUUCAGACACAUGACGAAUCCCUUGGUCCUGGCGGUGAAGGGGAAAUUGGAUUUAGAGUGGAAAUAGAUAUCAAAAUAGGAAAUGUUUGUAAUGCUUAUUGCUAGAGUGCAUUGCUUUGUUAUGUUUAUCCUUUCGUUAUACAUGAUGUACAGGCUGUCCGAGGCCGAGUGAAUGUCCAAAUAGGAAACGGAGAGAACAAUUUGUUGUCCAAUGUCCUCCCUCUUCAUGCUAAAUCGGAGUCUGUGGAUGGGGGAAUCGGUCAAAUAUUUGUAAUUCCACGGAAAAUGUCGAUGACUUCUCACAAUAAAGGUUGUGUUGGGAAGAUGUUUUAUUUUACCAAAAGCCAAAGUUUUCUUUGUUAUCAAAUCAAAAAUUUCUGUUGCUGCAAAAUAAAAUGAAUAAAAUGGCCUAAUUAAUAUUGGAUCGUUUCACCCUAUCUAAACAAGAACACGUAAAUUUUGUAGGUAAAAUAGACAUUAAAUCUGAAAACAGCAAGCAACGACCUCCAUUUUUAUCGACAAUAUAUUACCAAUUCAUCACUUUGCAAUACUAGUAUAGUUUUGUGGUUUGCAAUAUGCAUGUACUUCUUCAUAUCAGAUGACAACUCGGUUCCUAUUCAAUCAACAAACAUUUUGUUUUGUAAUUUUGAAAUAAGAAUGUGAAAAAGCUUCUAAUCACCGUUUUGAAUACACGGGCCCUUAACGACCUUAAUAGAAUUUAUUUUGCGGUAGCAGCCAGUCACCAUGGACCUCUUCUGCAGUUUUACUUUGCAUCGGUUUCGCCAGGUACAUCCAUACUUCUGAGCCAGAAGGUCUGGGGAUUGACCUUCACAAUUCGUGCAGUCCUCACCAUAGAAACCCACCAGUUCAGGCAUGAAAAUUUUCCCGCCAUUUGUACAAACCAGUUUAAGUAUAUGACGACGUCUGAAGUUCCUGCAGGUAUCGUUCUUUUCACCUGGAAAGUAUACCUCCAUCAGAAUGUAUAAUGUUGACAUAGAUCUUAUUGAAAGUAUAAGCAAAUAACGAUAUGUGCAAUUAUUUGGUUACACCUUACCUUCAUAUUCAUGCUACUCACUCGAAGUUCUACUAUUUCAAGUAUCAGUGUACAAUUAGAUGGUAUAUAUCUUACUUACAUUUGCCAGAGGAAGUGCAGAAAACGGUAAGAAAGAAAAUCACAAUCAAUUUGUCAAUGAUAGGCAUGACUUCAACCUUUAGCUGAUUCCCGGCUUCCUACGGCAUAAUUAUAACCCUACAGAACGUGGCUACCCUUGUUGCCUGAUACAAUGGCAUGUUCGCGUCAUUAAAAUUCUUUCAAGGCUGCUUGCUAUUUUUGACUUCAAUGUCUUAUUGAACUCGAUGUUCUGUAUGCAUUUUGCGUUUUUAAACCAUUGAAACUUUGAUUUAUGUAAGACAAAAUGUUAUCUUUUUCCACAAUGCAGCCUGUUUGAAUUAUGACUUAACUCUUGGCAUUUUGACGAUGUUUUGUUUUUUUUUUUUUCAAACCUUGAUCUACAUUUUACUCCUUAUCUCUCUGAACAUAGAAAUGUUUUGUGCAGGCGUUGGUGAACAUGAAAGGAGUGCUUGUAUAUUUGAUAUUGUCAUCUUUGGCCAUUAUCUUGUUGACAGCGGAUGGUAAGGAAUGGUGCGUGGACACACGACACAAUAUAACAGACUGUCACGAGUUGAAUUUGUUCUGCAAAGAGGGUUAUGUAAUAUCGAAAAUAGAAUUGUUUGCCGGUAAUGAAGACUGCAAUCUCCGUUCCAGAUGUAAGGGUCUUUCCCCUGUCACUCAAUCAGAUGCCAUGUCAUGUUACUGGAAACAAAACUGUUCCGUAAAAAUUCCGGCUCAGAGAAUGGUAUUCUUUCAUAAUACCAUAACGCCAUUCAAACAAAAAGCUAGUUGUUUUGUAACACCAAAGUCAUUCCACGUAACCCGACUUUCAUGUACCAACCUAAAAACAUCAGAUGUUAGAAAUAUUUGUCCACAAAACGGGAAGUCAGUAGUUUCAGUGGAGAAAAGGGGUCCCAGUAUGGGGAUUAUAAGAAGCCAUGAUUUGUGGCCCUGGAACUACCCAGAAAACCAGACAAGCUGCAGCCUGACGUUCGCAUAUCCUCUGUCGCCUAAAAUGUCGUAUUCCACUCGUUUAACUAUCGCUAACUUGGACAUUAAUGCAAACCACCAUUUAUUUGUAACGAAAGGAAAAAGAAAAGAGGUGAAAGAAGAUGUGAAGAAGACUUGUAACAUUCGUAUUCGACAUAUUAAAUCCAAUGUCAAGAUAGCAUUUGUAACCAACUCGCAAAAUCCUACCUCAUCAGGAAAGGGGUUUGUGAUCUGUUAUCGACAAGAAAUGAAAAGGAAAAGGGGGAAGGGUAAAAAGAAAGGACGUACUAAAAAAACACGGAAUAAAAGGACGAAAAAUAAAAGGAAGGGUAGACAAUCCAGGGCAAAGAGAAAAGCAAGAAACAGGAAAAACGCGUGUGAAUCUGUCAUGGAGCCCAUGGAUCUGAAUGACGACACAAUACGGCUUCAGGCAGGAAAUUCUACGGGCUAUGGAUGUCAAUCAACAGACGACGAGUAUCACUACUUCAGCUUUUGAUGAUUGUAUAUUUUAAAUCAGAAAUAAAUAUGAUAUUUUCACAACAA